CUCAAUUGUGCCAAUUACAUGGAUAGGGAUUAUUUAUUGAUUUUUCAGUUUGCUCUACAAGGAUUGCUUUGUAUUAGAAGAGAUGCAAAAGGUGUAAUAGACAAAGGGGAACUGCAGUCUCUUGUUAAUAGAGGGCUGCAACUUAUGUAUGACAUUCUGCAGAAGUCAAUGGAACUACCUUUCCAGCUUCCUAGAUACUACUUUAGGACAAGGCAUUGCAUUGGUGCCGAGCUAUUCAUAUUCGGUGCAGAUUCUGGAAACAAAGACAAAAUAAUAACACCACCUGGUUUCCAGUUAUCGCUAAAUCUCUGCAUUCAGUUAAAGAACAUGUUAGCAAGAACUUCAGCUCAGCUCGCUAAGCUGUACUGCAUUCUUGCUGCAAGGGUAUCUUCUCGCUUACCCUUAGGAAAAGGGGAAGCUGAAAAUACGUGGGAGUUUCGUCCUCGCAAGAUUAACGAAAUGGUACAAUUAAAUGCCAUACUGUUGCAGUACCUUAAAGAAGAUGCUGGAAAAGCCAAUGAGAUAAACAUUGUGAAUGGAGAUGAGGAUUUGGUGACAGCUUGUGUGUGUUUUGAACCAAAUGAGAGAGGGCCGGGAUUCUCAAUUUACUUGCUGAAUGUUUCUGCGUUUCCUGAAGGUUCAUAUCAGAUCAACUGGCAUAGCUGUUGUAUUGACACAAAUGGCUCGCACUGGAGCUUGCUUCCCCUUAAUGCUGGGGUGUCUUUUUCUGUUAAAAGGCUUUGAUUAUGGAUGUCUGCAAAGUGGUUUAAAUUUGUGGA